AAGCAGCAGCACAGAAUCUCAACAGCUGCUUCCCUCACAAUGCCCCUUCAAUGAUUGCUCCCAAAUCCCUUUCUCUUCCAUGGCAGCUUCAGACCCUUCACCAGAGGUCCUUUCAUGGCUUAAAUCUCUUCCUCUAGCCCCGGAGUACCACCCUACUGUCGCCGAGUUCCAAGAUCCAAUUGCUUACAUUUUCAAGAUCGAAAAGGAGGCUUCCCAGUAUGGAAUCUGCAAAAUCGUGCCUCCUCUCCCGCCUUCCCCCAAAAAGGCCGCUAUUGCCCAUCUUAAUCGCUCACUCUUGGCGCGUUCAGCGACCAUGGCUUCUUCCAAUUCCAAGCCACUACCCACAUUCACUACCCGCCAGCAGCAGAUUGGCUUCUGCCCCAGAAAAUCACGCCCCGUGCAGAAACCCGUCUGGCAAAGCGGCGACUAUUACACUUUCCAACAGUUCGAAGCUAAAGCAAAGAAUUUUCAAACAGCUUACCUGAAGAAAUGUGGCAAAAAGGGCUCUCUUUCGCCUUUGGAAAUCGAAACCCUUUAUUGGAAGGCUAUGCUUGAUAAACCCUUUUCGGUUGAGUACGCAAACGACAUGCCUGGUUCAGCUUUUAUGCCACUAAAGAAAAAGAAGAAUUGUGGUGGAGGAGAAGGCUUGACCGUGGGUGAGACGGCAUGGAACAUGCGGGGGGUCUCCAGAGCAAAAGGAUCCCUGUUGAGGUUCAUGAAGGAGGAGAUUCCAGGGGUUACUUCACCUAUGGUGUACAUUGCCAUGUUGUUCAGUUGGUUUGCGUGGCAUGUAGAGGAUCAUGAUUUGCACAGCUUGAAUUACUUGCAUAUGGGAGCAGGGAAGACCUGGUACGGUGUGCCCAGGGAUGCAGCAGUUGCGUUCGAGGAGGUAGUCAGGCUUCAAGGCUAUGGAGGCGAGCUCAAUCCUCUUGUUACUUUUGCCACACUUGGUGAGAAAACAACAUUAAUGUCCCCUGAAGUAUUUGUAAGGGCUGGGAUCCCAUGCUGCAGGUUAGUACAAAACGCUGGAGAGUUUGUUGUCACAUUUCCUAGAGCUUACCAUUCAGGGUUCAGUCAUGGAUUUAAUUGUGGGGAGGCAGCAAAUAUUGCCACUCCAGAAUGGUUGAGGGUUGCUAAAGAUGCUGCUAUUCGAAGAGCUUCAAUUAAUUAUCCUCCCAUGGUUUCUCAUUUCCAAUUACUUUAUGAUCUUGCCCAUGAGUUGUGUUCAAGUGUACCUACCGGCAUCAGUGCUAAACCAAGGAGUUCUCGGCUAAAGGACAAGAGAAAAAGUGAAGGAGAUACUUUGGUUAAAGAACUCUUUGUGCAGAAUGUGAUACAAAAUAAUGACUUACUUCAUGUUCUUGGAGAACAAUCUUCAAUAGUACUUCUUCCCAAAAGUUCUUCAAACAUUUCUGUUUGUUCGGAUUUCCGUGUUGGAUCCCAAUUAGGAGUGAACCCUAGGUUGUCCUUGGGUCUUUGUAACUACAAGGAAGUAAUGAAAAUGAAAUCAUCCAAAAGCUUUGUUUCCGAUGAUAUCAUGGUAGGCAAGAAUCAACAAACUGAGACAGUGAAUAGUUUCUGUUUGAUAAAAUCAAAAUUUGCCUCUUUAUAUGAAAAGAACAGGUGUAUCACUUCAAGUGAAAAUGAUAAUGUGUGGGGCAUGUCUUCUCUAACACAGAACGCUAACACUGGAAGAGAAAGUGUGGUUCAAGGUGAAGCACUGUCAGAUCAGAGGCUUUUUUCAUGUGUCACUUGUGGACUAUUGAGCUUUGCUUGUGUUGCUGUUAUUAAACCAAAAGAACAAGCAGCUAGAUACCUCAUGUCAGCAGAUUGCAGCUUCUUUAAUGAUUGGAGUGUCGGUUUUGGAGUAACUCAUGAUGGGUUGACUUCUGGACAGGGUAAAGCAACUGAAUGGGGUUCUUGCACAAGGUGGAUCAGUAAAGGCACUCCAGAUGCUUUAUACGAUGUUCCUGUUCAGUCUGUUGAUUACCAAUUCCAGAAGGUUGAUCCAACCAAUGAAAUCGUGUCAGAUACAAAGAGAUGUAGAGAAACUUCUGCUCUUGGCCUAUUAGCUCUGACUUAUGGAUCAUCUGACUCUGAGGAUGAUAAUGUUGAACUGAAUGUAACUGUCUGUGAUAAUGCGAUAGACUUAAAAAAAAACUUUUCCGAAGAAAAAAAAUAUCAGAACCUGGAUUCUAAUUUUUCACCUCAUCAUCCAAAUGAGGAUCACAGUCUCUCAUUCUUGAGACCUGAUUUGGACAAUGAAGCUCCUGUCCAUGUUGUUCAUUGCUAUGAAUCUGGAUCUCGAGGAGCUAAUGUCAACUAUAAGAUAACUCGAACACUUGAUGGUUCUGUUGAGUUUGAAGGUGAUAAUCUUCCCUCCGUCAGAUCAGAUUGUUUGGAGGACAAAUUUAGGAAGCCAAUCACAGCAUCACAUGCUAACUCAAGUUGCCCGCCAAUUUACCACGCAUCCGAUGAAGAUUCCUCUCGAAUGCAUGUCUUCUGUCUUGAGCAUGCUGUAGAAGUAGAACAGCAACUUCGUCCAAUAGGAGGGGUGCAUGUGUUUCUCUUUUGUCAUCCAGAGUAUCCCAAGAUAGAAGCAGAAGCAAAGUUAGUAGCUGAAGAACUGGGAAUGGAUUAUCUCUGGAAUGACAUCUCCUUCAAGGAUGCCACCAAAGAGGAUGAGGAGAGGGUCCAGUCAGCCUUGGAUAGUGAAGAAGCCAUACCUGGAAAUGGGGACUGGGCUGUAAAGCUGGGUAUCAAUUUAUUUUACAGCGCCCACCUCAGUCACUCUACACUGUACAGUAAGCAGAUGCCAUACAAUUCUGUUAUAUACAGUGCAUUCGGCCGUAGUUCGCCAGCCAGCUUGCCAGUAAAAUUAAAUGUUUGUGAGAGGAGGUCUGUUAAGCAGAAAAAGGUGGUUGCAGGGAAAUGGUGUGGUAGAGUUUGGAUGUCAAAUCAGGUUCAUCCCUUUCUAGCACAAAGGGAUCCCAAGGAGCUAGAAAAAGGAAGAAGCAUCCCUGCACGAUCAACACCAGAUGAGAAUCCUGAGAGUAAAUCAGAAAAUAUUCACAAAACUGAAACAAACAAGUUAGCUGAAAAGCCUACUAGGAAGAGGAAAAUGCAAGCAGAGAGUGCAUCAAUCAAGAAAGUGAAAAACGGUGAGAUGGAGGUUGCAGUUUCAAGUGAUUCAUUAGGGGGUGUUUCUCAGCACCAGGGAAUCCUCAGAAGCAAGCAGACCAUUCUUAUUGAAAGAGAUACAGUUUCAUAUGAUUCACUAGAGGGUGAUUCUUGUCUGCAGCAUAGGAUUAUCUCAGAAAGAAACCAAGGCAAAUAUAUUGAGGGAGACAAUGCUGAACCAAAUGAUGCAAUGGAGGAUUAUACUCAUCAUCAGCAUUGGAGGAAUCUUAGAAAGCAAUCUGAAUGUACCGAUAGGAGUGAGGAUUAUGAUGAUGAUAAUGCUGCAUUGUCAAGUGAUUCAUUGGGUGAUAAUUCUCACAAUCACCAUAUGACCCCUAGAAAUUGGCAAGCUAGAUUUAUUCAGAGACAAGAUGCUUUAUCAGAAAAUGAACUAGAGGAAACUUCUCAUCAUAAGAAGAGGACUCCUGGAGGCAAGCAAACUGAGUCUUUCAAGAGGGAUCAUUCGAUUUCAGAUGAUUCACUGGAAGUCGAUUAUUCUAAGCAACAAAGAAGGAUUGCUAAAGGCAAGCAAGCUAAAUCUUUUGAGGGGGAUGAUGCAGUCUUGGAUGAUUCCCUGGAAGUUAAUUAUCUUAAGAAUCCUAGAAGGAUUCCUAGAGGCCAGCAACCCAAAUUUGAGAGAACGGCUGUAAUAUUAGAUGAAGCUUUAGAGAAUGAUUCAUAUCAGUUACUCAGGAGGACCCCUAGAGGCAGGCAGAAACAUACAGUAAGGCAUACUAGAUCUUCAGAUCAUGCAUUUGAGGGUAAUCAUCUGCAGCAGCAUGGGAGAAUUUCUAGAAACAGAAUGGUUAAUUUUACUGAUACAGAAGAUGCUAUUUCGCAUGAUUCAAUGAAUGAUAAUUCUCAACAGUCCCAUAGGAGGAUUCCUAGAAACAAGCAGGCCAAGUUUAUUCAGAGGGAAGAUGCUGUCUCGUAUGAUUUAUUGGAAGACAAUUCUCAUCGUAUUAGGCAAGUUCCUAGAAGCAAGCAAGACAGAUUUAUUGAGGAUGCAAUUUCGUAUGAUUCACCAGGCAAUAUCUCACAUCAACAGCAGAGGACUCUUAGAAGCAGACAGAAGAAAGCCUUAACUCCUCGGCAAAUAAAGGAAGAGAUCCCUCGGCAAGGGAAACAAGACAUUUCUCGGAGUUGGAACAAGGUUGUGCAAUGCGCUAUACAUUCUGAUGAAUUUGGUCUAGAUGAACUAGAAGGUGGGCCUAGCACACGCCUGAGGAAAAGAAACCAGAAGCCUAAAAAGGAGACAGAAGCUAAACAAAAAGAGAAGAAGCAAGCUGGUAAGAAGAAAGUGAAGAAGGGCUCAGCUGUGAAUGUCCAAGCUGUUGAUGAUGAGGAAGCAGAAUACCAGUGUGACAUGGAAGGGUGCAGCAUGAGUUUUGGUUCCAAGCAAGAGCUUGUUCUGCACAGGAGGAACAUUUGUCCAGUUAAGGGCUGUGGAAAGAAGUUUUUCUCACACAAAUACUUGGUGCAGCACCGUCGAGUGCAUACAGAUGACAGACCCCUAAAAUGCCCUUGGAAGGGCUGCAAGAUGACAUUCAAGUGGGCAUGGGCUCGAACAGAGCACAUUAGGGUUCACACAGGUGCUCGUCCAUAUGUGUGCACUGAGGAAGGCUGUGGGCAGACAUUCCGGUUUGUAUCAGAUUUCAGUCGUCACAAGCGGAAGACGGGUCACUCAGCAAAGAAGGGUAGGGGAUAAUUUAAAUGAUGAAGUGUAAUAUAAUAUUGCUAAUCAACUGGUUACAAAAUUGGGAGGAAUUUGACCUGAAAUUUGCCCUCAUAUCCUCGCUGUUCCGGGGCUGUUUAGAGGCGGAAAUAUACACUUUCUGCUGCUGUUUGGUGCAAUUUCUGAACACUCUCUGUGUUCUGAUAUUAGAGAUGCUGACAGGAAUCAGGGGGAUUAACCUCAUAGAUGUCCAAACUUGUAGUUGGAUUUUAUCUGGACUUCUGAACAUAUUGGAGAAUUCAGUUUUAGUAUUGUUAUUGAGGAUAUUAAUGUCAUUUCCUAAGAUUUGGUGACUUAUAUGAAUAAUGAACUUGGCAUGAUUGUUUUGACAUUAUUAAUUCUAGAUAGGAAUAGCAAUGGGUCGGGUAAGGGCCGGACAAUGCAUUAC